AUGGAGAAAUUGGAUGGACUUAUUUAUCCUGUAACAAUUAGAGAUUUGGGACAUUUUCCCUACACCUUACCCAAGAGGAAGUGGGCUGGAGACAGCUCCAUAAAAGCUCUUGAAGAAUAUGACUGUAUGGCAGCCUCUGGAAGCAAGGCAGUGCAAGAAACAGUAUAUCAAGAAAGAGAGGUAUCAGUGGAGGAGGUAAAUAGCAUAGGACCAAGGCCAGAUAAUGUCACUGUGUUGCCCAUGCAGCUUACCAGGUCAGCAAUGCAGACAAUUGACUCUCAUCAGAAUCAUGAGAACACAAUACCCCUUCAAGUUUCUCUUCAGUCCCAAGGACUCCAAGAGCUUUUCAAUACCCUCCCAACUAAUUCACCCACUGAUGUAUACAACUUUAAUUUUCAGUUGUCAAAUACGAAUAAUAAAAACCAUCAAGACCAUAACCAACAAACCGUUUCAAGCUAUAGUCCCUUACAGCUCAGUUGCCUGCCCUUGAUGCAAGAUGAAAUGGGGUCUAGAACAACCAACUCUUUUCAGAUGACACAAGUAAGAAGGGUCCAGAAAGAGGAGGGAUUCUGCAACAAAUGGGAAAAUAUUAGACCAUAUGUAGGGAAAAGAGUACCAAUUCGGAAAGCACCACAAACCAUUCCAGAUCCAAUGCCUGAGAGAAAAAGAACAACUCCCAUUAACCCUGCAUAUACAAUUAGAAAGUCACGGGUUACCAACAGUGUCCAUCUGCGGCCAUAUAGGGACAGGGUUAUUCACUUACUGGCAUUGAGAGACUACAAGAAACCUGAACUUCUUGUUCGACUUCAGAAAGAUGGCAUCCAAAAAAAAGACAAGAACUGCCUUGGAAAAAUUCUGCAGCAGGUAGCCAAUCUGAAUACACAGGAUUUUUCAUAUACCUUAAAGGAUAAUGUUUUUGAAGAGCUCCAAAGAGAUUGGCCUGGGUACAAUGAAAUAGAAAGACAAUCAUUGGAGUUGGUGCUUUCCAAAAAAGUAGGUCUAUUUCAGAAUGCCACAAGCACCAAUCACCCAAAUUCUCCUAUAGGUUCUAGUAUACAUGGACCAUCAUCUUCUCAGGAACAACUUUACAAUUCAGCUGUUAUUGAUCCUUUAAGGAAAAAAAAAGUAAGAAUAUCUCACAUGAGAACUGCAGUACAGUCAUCAUCUAAUGGUUAUUUAAAUAAUAGCAGUAAAAAAUCUGCUGUGGGUCUCCCACCACCCUCUGAAAAUACUGCCAACCCCAUCCUUUCACCAUUGCCCAGAACACACUUUUCUGUUUCAAAUCCUUCUCAGCCAGUGCAUUCCAACUGCAAUUCCUGUAGCACUGCAGAAGAACAUGGGAGUCAAGAUCAAUAUGUUGUCAGUUUUAGUCAAAAUAGUAGAGUCUGUGAGAGCCAGUGGGAUAAACAUACUUCUAUGAAAACCUUGGCCUCUAUUUCAAUUCAUAUACAGUGUCCAAAGCUCAUGGAAAAGACACAUUUGAUGUCUAAUGAAUUUGAAUAUAAAUUUAUGGAACACAAAGUAAAUAAUCAUGAAUACCAUAUUGAGAUGAUGGAGAAACAGAAGACAUAUCCUGAGAGACAAGGUAAAGGUGCAAAACCAGACUUCAGUGAAGAAGUUAAAAGGGUUAGCACUUGUUCAACAUCUUGGCUACAGGAUUAUUUGACUAACUAUGUCACUAUAGUUUCCUCUGAGCAACGUCAGCAUUACAAAGAGGAAUUUAAAGCAGACUAUGAUGAAUAUCGGGCCUUGUAUGACAAGAUGCUGACUUUAUCUAACAUAUUUACUAAUCUAGAUUCAAAAAGGAAGCACCUUCCUCCAGACUCAAAAGAAUAUCAGACCAUUACUAAAAAAAUGUCACUAAAAUAUCACAAAAUGAGACAAAUUAAUCCCAAUUAUGAUGCAGAAAAACAUAGAUACCAGUAUCUUUAUAAGAAGCUGGCUCACAUUAAAAGAUUAAUAAAGGAUUAUGACCAGCAACGAGUAGAGUAA